GCACCAUCAGACAGGUGGAAUCCACCCAGAGUAUGAUCAGGAUCCUGGGACUCUCAGCCACGCUGCCCAACUACCUGGACGUGGCCUCCUUCCUGCACGUCAACCCCUACAUCGGCCUGUUUUUCUUCGACAGUCGCUUCAGACCCGUGCCCCUCGGACAGACCUUUGUUGGCGUCAAAGCCACAAACAAGAUCCAGCAGCUUCAUGACAUGGAAGAGAUUUGUUACAACAAAGUUCUGGAGCAGGUUAAAGAUGGUCAUCAGGUGAUGGUGUUUGUCCACGCCCGUAAUGCCACUGUGAGGACGGCAAUGGGUCUGAUCGAGAUGGCCAAGAACCAUGGAGAGAUAGGCUUCUUCCAACCAAACCAGGGGGCAGACUACGGCCACUGUGAGAAACAGAUCCAGCGCUCAAGAAACAAGGAGAUGAAGGAGAUGUUCCCAGAAGGCUUUGGGAUCCAUCAUGCCGGCAUGCUGCGCUCCGACCGCAGCAUGAUGGAGAGCAUGUUCUCCAAAGGCCACCUGAAGGUGCUGGUGUGCACCGCCACUCUGGCCUGGGGAGUCAACCUGCCGGCACACGCAGUCAUCAUCAAGGUUCUACUCUUUCACUCAGCCGGUUUAGCUGUUCCUCUUCAGUUUAAGUUUCUUUGUCUGUCCCUCAGGAAGAUAUAUCAUUUGUUGAGUCAAGAUGGUGUGUGUUGUUCUAAAUGAACUACAGUGUGCGUGUUCAUGGUGUUGAUC